GUUGAAAGUUUAUUUUGUAAUUUUAUAAAAAUUGAAAGAAAAGUCGAGUCAAAAAUUGAAUUAGUUAAAGUAUUUUCAUGAAUUAUGACGGAUUUUGAUGCAAUUUAUGUGGAGGAUUUAACUGAGGAGGUUAAUAGCUUAACAGAAGAGCCGAUAGUGGUGCGAGGCAUUGGUGAAAUAACGAUUUUUGGACUAUCGAAUCGAUUUAAUACAGAAUUUCCAUCCCAGCUCAUCUCAAAAAUAGCGCCAGAAGAGUUUUCAGCCACAUUAAGUAGAGUUAAUGCAAUAUUAAAGAAAAAUUUGCCCAUAAAUAUAAAGUGGCUUUGUUUUGGUUGCUGCUGUUGUCUAUGCAGUUUAGGAUUAUCAAUGUGGCCAGUCAUAUGCUUGAGUAAAAGGACUCAAAGUCAGAUCAAUAAACUGCUGGAUUGGGAGAAUAACAAUUUAUAUCACAAAUUAGGAUUACAUUUUUCUCUAAAGCGAAUGAACUGUGAUAACAAUACGAAUUCGAUGCUAGAGUAUGUGCUUCUGUUAGAGUUUCUGCCAAAAAUUGCAAUUUAUCGUCCAGAUUAAUGAAAAUUCCUUCGUGAUUCAUCAAAAUACACAUCCAUAAAAAAGUUUGUAGACUGUAAGUUCUAAAAGAGAAGGAAUGAGACGAUAAAAUAGAAACAAUGAGGAGAAAAUAUGGUACGUCUUUGCAUCAGCGAUCGAAUUUUAAUAAUAUUACGAGUAAGAAAUAAGAAGGCAUGAAUGUUAAAAGUUCUUCUGUAUAUUUUAGCUAUAACUUUACACAUGCUCCUCUAUGUUAUCUUUCUU